CACAUUGAAGGGGGAUAUUACAAGGAGACAUACCGAUCCGAACACAGUACUGCAAUAUACUACCUGGUUUCCAAAGAGAGCGGAAUUGUAUGGCACCGCAUUAGGGGAAAAGAUGAACUCUGGCAUUAUUAUGCUGGGGAUCCUAUUGAAGUGUCGCUUGCAAAUCCUGAGGGUGUUUCAAUGGGCAAGCGUGUGGUCGGACCAGACUUGACCAAAGGUCAAACUUUCCAACUACUGAUACCAGCCGACCACUGGCAGAGUGCCAAAUGUCUAGAUGGCGGAAAGUGGACAUUGUUUGGCUGCACCGUUAGUCCAGCCUUCGAGUAUAAGGAUCUUCAGAUGGCCCCAGAAGAUUUUAAACUAAAAGUACCGACUGAAGUCCAAUAAUACUAUUUGGCUGUUUCAGAGGGCAAU